AUGGACUACGGUGAACGCAAGAAGCUUGCGUUCCCUCAAGCCGCUGCAUUCACAUCGGAUAACAAUGCGUGGAAAGAUCAGUACAUCGAUCGUAUGGAACAGGUUCUGCAUCGAGACAAGAACCACGCAUCUAUCAUUAUCUGGUCUUUAGGGAAUGAAGCGUUUUACGGAAAGAAUCACCAAGCCAUGUACGAUUAUGCCAAACGUGUCGAUCCAGGCCGCCUUGUUCAUUAUGAGGGUGACGAAGAUGCCCAGAGUGCCGAUAUGUUUUCAUACAUGUAUCCUUCGGUAGAAACGCUACUUAAACUAUCGAAAACGGCUGGCGUCGAUAAGUUUGAGAAACCAAUGAUUCUCUGCGAGUAUGCCCAUGCGAUGGGCAAUGGGCCAGGAGGCCUUGAGGACUAUCGGGGAGCUUUCAGAGACCACAAGAGGCUCCAGGGUGGAUAUAUAUGGGAGUGGGCCAAUCAUGGUUUAUGGACAGGGUCCGACUCAGAACGAGGUGGAUUUUACGCUUACGGAGGACCAUCUGGCGAGUUGCUUCUUCCUGACGUCAAGCCCGGCGAAACAGCUACAGUGCGGCUUCCCCAGGAUAUUCUUGACUACCUGAAAGCGCCAGGCAGGUGGUUAACGGUGAGCUUCCGCCUUCGAGCCUCGACGUCUUGGGUCGAUGCUGGCCACGAAAUUGCCUGGUUCCAGCACCGCCUUACCAGACCAAUUCUCCCACAGUUCCCGUACCUCAAUAUCCGGCCUCUCAAUCCAGCGCUCUCCAACUCCACACUUCAAAGGUUGAAUAUUCCGUCGGAAAUUCCGACUUCGACAUCAGAUUUUGUCGCGCACGCGGGUCCAUAA